GAACUUAGUUUUAAAAAAUUAUUUCUGCAUGUUUACUUUAUCUCUUCAGCUAGUUUUUCUCUGAAAAUAAAUGUUUACUUCACAUUCACGUCAUAAUAGAUGGUUAUGCCCACCACAAAUGCCUUAAAUUUAUGGAAUCAUGACCUGACAGCAUUAAACUCCUAAUUUUGUUCUAGCUUUCGUGCAGGCGAAAUAUCUGUUCCCUAAUGAGUUAAAAGUUAAUGAACUAGUCAAUGUGCUGAAGGAGAAGAAAAUUGGUGUUGUUCCACACUUUUACAUGGAUCCCGAGGUCCAAGGCAUUUUAACUGCUGCUCAAAAGCAGUGGCCACAUAUCCAUAUAUCUGAUUCACUGGUCAUGGCAGAUUCAGCAGUCAAAAUGGCAAAAGCUGGAUGCCAAUUCAUAACAGUUCUAGGUGUCGAUUUUAUGUCAGAAAAUGUGUGUGCCAUCCUUGAUCAAGCUGGUUUUAGUGAGGUUGGCGUGUAUAGGAUGUCAAAUAAGCAAAUUGGCUGUUCUCUGGCUGAUGCUGCAGCUACUCCUACUUACAUGGAAUAUCUUGCGGCUGCUUCUAAGUCUACUUCUUUGCAUGUCAUAUACAUUAACACUAAGUUAGAGACAAAGGCAUAUGCUCAUGAGCUUGUGCCUACAAUAACCUGUACUUCAUCAAAUGUUGUCCAGACUAUCCUACAGGCAUUUGCUCAAGUUCCAGAUUUGAGCAUAUUUUAUGGACCUGAUUCUUACAUGGGUGCAAAUAUCAAAGAUUUGUUCCAACAAAUGACAAAAAUGACUGAUGAAGAGAUUACUGCAAUACAUCCUAAGCACAGUCAAGACUCUAUUAGGUCAUUACUGCCUCGACUUCACUAUUUUCAGGAUGGAACAUGCAUUGUUCACCAUCUAUUUGGCCAUGAAGUUGUGGAGAAGAUAAAAGAAAUGUACUGUGAUGCAUUCCUUACUGCCCACCUUGAGGUACCUGGAGAGAUGUUUUCUUUGGCAAUGGAAGCAAAGAGAAGGGGAAUGGGUGUAGUAGGCUCCACCCAGAAUAUUUUGGAUUUCAUAAAGGAUAGGAUUCAGGAAGCUUUGGAUAGAAAUAUAGAUGACCAUCUCCAAUUUAUUUUAGGAACAGAAUCUGGGAUGGUGACUUCAAUUGUGGCAAGGGUCCGUAGUUUGUUGGAGCCUGCGAAGUCCUCUUCUCAAAGAGCAAAAGUUACUGUUGAAAUAGUCUUUCCAGUCUCAUCAGACUCAAUCUCAACAACAACCUCAAGUUUAUCCUCAGGUCUUAAUUCUGUCAAAGUGGGUGAUAUCAUACUUCCUGUUGUGCCAGGAAUAGCCAGCGGGGAGGGUUGUUCCAUUCAUGGUGGCUGUGCAUCUUGUCCAUACAUGAAGAUGAAUUCUCUUAGCUCACUCCUGAAAGUUAGCCAUCACCUACCCGAUGAAGAAAAUAUCCUUUCAGCAUACAAGGCAGAGCGAUUUAAGUUGCAAACACCAAAUGGCAAAUCAGUGGCAGAUGUUGGAUGUGAACCUAUUUUGCACAUGAGGAACUUCCAGAGAAGCUCGUUGAUCAGAUUCUUCUUCGUCCCCAACACAGUUGAAGUUCAGUGUGAUAAACUUGAGAAAUAAUGUGAUGUGAAGAAGACAGAAAUCUGUGCUGCUGUUUGGUGAGCAAUUCCAAGUUGCAACUACAGCAAAAGUUAGGUCCGUGCAAGGCCUUUGCUUAUAGCAUGGUAAUCGUUGAUACAACCGGAUUUUGUUGUAUGAUAGUUUCCCUUCGCAUAGGGAACUUCUAAUUUAUUUAGAUACGAUGACAUUAUUUAUAGUUCGAUAUCAAUAUAGAGAAAUGAAUGAAAUAGCAUCCGCUCAUAUUUUUU